GGGAGCAAGCAAGAUGGAGUAGGAGUUAAUGGUGGGUGCUCUGCAAACUUGAUGGGCGCCAACUCAAUUGGGUGUCUUCUUCUUCCCCAUUUGCAGAUUCUUCUGCAACUUUCCCUAUUUAUAAUUUCAUGCAUAGUGAGCCACAGAAACUCAGUCAACUCAUUCACGCAUUUCACUUUCUUUAUUCCCCUUGUUUGUUUUUAUUCAGAGGGUAAAAAAGAAAGGUGCUAGCUUUAACCCAUCUCAGAUCGGUUUGGUCACCAAAACAACCAUAACUGCAGUUGGUCACCAUCUCUGUCCUCCUCUCUCUCUCUCUCUCUAAAUCAUCCACUAUGAAUAUGUAGCAGGAUGGCGACUCAGUCUCGCUGAGUUAACUCGAGAAAACUAUGAGUUUCGUUUACUUCUUUAUCUUCCUUUUUCUUCUAGCUCCAUCAUUUUCUCUCAAUAAUGACGGUGUUCUUCUCCUUUCGUUUAAAUAUUCAAUCCUCAGCGACCCAUUAUCCGUUCUCGAGACCUGGAAUUACGACGACCAAACCCCAUGUUCGUGGACUGGAAUUACAUGCACUGAGUUCAGCAACUGGGGAAGUGAUACCCCUGAGAUGUUCGGAGUCACGAGCGUCGUCCUUCCCGGGAACAAGCUCCUGGGUUCGAUCCCAGUGGAGUUAUUCAACAUGACGCACCUUACCCACCUGGAUCUUUCAAACAAUUUCUUCAACGGAACUUUGCCGGAUUCAAUCUUCAACGCCGCUGAACUUCAGGUGCUGUCUCUCUCCAACAAUGAGAUCUCUGGCGAGUUGCCGGAGUCUGUCGCCGGCAUGGUUAAUCUUCGCGUCUUGAAUCUCUCCGACAACGCCUUCGCGGGAAAGAUACCCAAGGACUUGACGACGAUGAAGAAUUUAACCGUGGUUUCUUUGAGGAGUAACUAUUUUUCCGGGAGUCUUCCCGGUGGUUUUGAUUCUGUUCAAGUUCUCGAUUUGUCGUCAAAUCUGUUUAACGGGUCGCUUCCGGUGGAUUUCGGAGGAAAAAGUUUAAAUUACUUGAACGUGUCUUAUAAUAAGAUUUCCGGUUCAAUCGCGCCGGAAUUUGCAGAGAAAAUCCCGGAAGAUGCCACCGUCGAUCUCUCCUUCAAUAAUUUGACAGGACCCAUUCCCGAGUCUCUUGCUCUGCUUAACCAGAAAACGGAGUCGUUUUCCGGCAACGCAGAACUCUGCGGGAAGCCGCUGAAGAAUCUUUGCUCUAUUCCUUCCACUCUCUCUACACCACCCAACGUUUCUACCACCAUAUCACCGGCGAUCGCCGUCAUACCAAAACCGAUUCAGUCGACCCCGGAAACGAGCUCGCCGGGUCCACCGAGCAAUACCCAGAAUCAGACAACGAGCAGACUAAAAGCAGGAACCAUAGCCGCCAUCGCCGUCGCGGAUUUAGCCGGAAUAGCCAUCCUUGCCAUGAUCAUUCUUUACGCAUACCAACUCAAGAAGCGCAGAGCUUUCAGAGACGACGAGAGCAAGAAGAAGAAAACAGACUACUCAGUCGGAAAAUCAGUUAAUGAAUCGGGAACUUCAUUAACGACGGAAUCACCACCUCCGCAAGCAAAAGCAUGUUCAUUCUCAUGCUUGACCAUUAAAGACGGUGAGGAACCAUCAUCAUCGGAGGCCAAUAGCUCCGAUAGCGACCGGGAAAACGAACAGAACAACGCUGUCGGAGUCAGUCGAGCGUUCGAGACGGCCGAUAGCAUCGAGGUCCUAAUGACUGUCGACGGGGAAACCCAGCUAGAGCUGGAGACUCUGUUUAAGGCUUCGGCGUAUAUACUCGGAGCCAGUGGCUCCAGCAUUGUCUACAAGGCAGUCGUUGAAGAUGGCAGGGCGUUCGCCGUCCGGCGAAUCGGCGAGAGCUGUGUGGUUGACAGGUUAAAGGACUUCGAGAAUCAAGUUAGAGCUAUAGCUAAGCUGCGUCACCCAAAUUUGGUUACAGUUCGUGGGUUUUACUGGGGAAAUGAUGAGAAACUUGUGAUCUAUGACUACGUCGUCAAUGGCAGCCUCGCUAGCUCCAGUUACAGAAGGUCAGCUGGCUCAUCAUCGUCCCCAUGCAAUCUCUCUCUCAAAGCCAGGUUAAAGAUAGCCAAAGGAGUAGCCAGAGGACUAGCUUACAUCCACGAAAAGAAACUUAUCCAUGGAAAAAUCAAACCCAGCAACAUUCUCUUAACCCACGACAUGGAACCCAAAAUAGCCGAUCUCGGCCUCGACCGCCUCGUCUCCGCCGCCGCCGGUCCCAGUCUCGGCAGCCAAAGAUCCACCUCGCAACCACAAGACCAACCCACCGCCGGCUCGAGCUCCUAUAGCGGCGCACCCUUCUCCGCGAGUCCUUACCAGGCGCCGGAGUCGCAGAAGAAUUUCAAGCCGAGCCCCAAGUGGGACGUGUACUCGUUCGGGAUGGUCUUGCUGGAGCUCCUGACGGCGAGGGUGUUGUCGGAGAGGGAGCUGGGACAGUGGACCGCCGGAUGGGUGGCGACGGAGGAGAAGAACCGGGUGCUGAGGCUAGCUGAUGCGACGAUCAGAGGAGAGGUCGGGGAGAGGGAGGAGGAGAUGGUGGCGUGGUUUAAGUUAGGGUUUAGUUGUACGGCUUUCAUGGCGCAGAAGAGACCGAGUAUGAGAGAAGUGGUUCAGGUUAUCGAGAAGACGAGUAGCGUUUCUUCUUCUUCUACGACGUCGUCUUUGUGUUUAUGAUGGGUAUCGGGUCGGAUCCUCCGUUAAGAGUGUUUUCCACUGUUGGAUUAAAGCGGGUUGGCUUUGGCUUUUGUACGCGUGUUCGUCA